GUUAGGGUUAAAAUUGCUUGCCGGUGUUGCAAUAGUAUCGACUUUGUUGUUCAGGCGCAGAGUUCUGUCGUCUGCUUAGAAUGUUGAAGCUUGCCACUAAGGAGCUGGUAGGGGUGGGAAUGUGUGGAAGUUCAGCGCAGGGUCCACUAGUUCCUACCCAGAGUCAUGUACGUGACACUGCAUUCCGAUACUGCCGGGAGUUCCUGCCUGGAGCCUGGCGGAACAUCCAGUACACGGAUCUCCUUGUUGAUAGAGUCAGUGGAGGACUGAGUAACCUAUUAUAUUGCUGUCAACUGGCCGAUCAUGUCAAGUCAUUUGAACAGGAGCCCAGGAAAUGUUUAAUACGAUUUUAUGGACAGGUUAACAGAGAGAGGGCUUUGGAAACUCUGAUCACCGAGUGUAUGAUUCUAACAUUACUCUCGGAGCGUCAGCAAGGCCCAAGACUUUAUGGUGUUUUCCCAGGAGGACGCUUGGAGGAGUACAUUGCUGCAAGAUCAUUGCUGACAAAGGAGUUAGCUGUUCCAGCCAUUUCUGAGGGAAUCGCACAGAACCUAGCAACAAUGCACCUCAUGGAUGUUCCAAUGAACAAAAGUCCAAGUCGUAUGUGGAAUUUAAUGGAGAGGUGGCUUGAGACAGCUGAGUAUCUCGUAGAGCAAGGGUUCAGUGACAAUGCUGAUUGGGAGAACAUGAUCUUGAAACUGCAAGAGCUUGAUGUCAGAGCAGAGUAUAACUGGCUGAGGAAUAUCCUGAAAGAAGUAUCCUCUCCAGUGGUGUUUUGCCACAACGACUUGCAAGAAGGAAAUAUUCUACUACGACAGUCUGAAGAUGGUUCCGAUCCACCCUUAGACCAUGUCACUGCCGAUGAUCUAGUAUUCAUAGACUACGAGUAUUGCAGUUACAAUUGGCGGGGGUUUGACAUGGCCAAUCAUUUUCUUGAGUGGAUGUACGACUAUAAAAAUGAUUCUCAUCCAUAUUUCUGGGCAAGACCAGUUGAAAGACAUGCAACCAAGGAUCAAAAGGAAAGAUUUGUCAAUGCUUACCUAGAAACCCUGAAGAAUUCCCCUGGUUAUAAAGAGAAGCCUGAAGACACUGUGGAAAACAUCAUGAAAGAGAUCGAAUUCUACACUCUGGCAUCACACCUGUUCUGGGCUUUUUGGAGUGUAGUUUCCAACUCAAAAAUGUUCUCCAGGGAAGUGGAAUUUGACUACUGGUGCUAUGGAGAAAGAAGGUUUGAUGGAUAUUUCAACCAGAAGCAGAAGCUCAUAAAAGAUUACAAUUUGUGUUGAAUGUGAUGUGAAGUGAACAGCGAGUGGCUUCCCAAAGACUGAACCAACAAAGUGCUGACAAUAAGAUUUUUCCAAUCCUUUGCUGUGAUUUGGUGUUAUUCCUACAAGUAACACACUCGUAUUGUUAUUACCUUAGUUGCUGUGUAUAUAUUUUUGUUAGUUAACUAAGUUUUUGUCACAAUGUGUUGAAAUAAGUUAUACUUAAAGUAGUUAGAUACUUAUAAGUGAUAGAAGUCUAUUGACAUUAAAACUGUUUCCUAUUUUCAAGCAAAACCUGCUUAUUGAAUAAAAAUAUAUUUAUUUUCUUUGCUAUUA